AUGUCGCAGCCCGUGAACGGCAGUGGCCCGACUGGCGCAGGACAGUUCCAGCAGCAUUACAACCUAAGCAACACAAACUCGGCAAGUGGUACAUACGCGAGCACGACAAACAGCGCGUCGGUACCUCCAUUUCAUCAAAGCCACUCCGUCGCGAAUCCACCACAGCAAUUCAGCACGUCUGCUCACGUUAUACAAGGACCUGGCCAGAUAACCACAGGGCAAUUUAACCGACCACAAAGACAGACGCAGUUCAGCCAGUCACAAUUUAU